AUGAAUAGGCUACUCCAAGCACCCCUCGGCGCAUUAUUACUGCUAUCCUGCGCCCUCAAUGUCUCAGCGCACGGUGACGGCGAUCACUCGCAAAUCGUGGUUGCGCCAGAUGCAGAUUGGGCGACGCGCCACAUGGCUGAGGAACACCAUAUCUCUGGCUUCGACGCAACCACCUUCUUCAACCUGCACGACUACGACAGCACCGGCAUCUGGACCGACCUAGAUAUCCAACGCACGUACGGGCUCAUCGAUCCCUCCUCCUCGCACAUCUCCACCGUCAAGAAAACAAUGGUCGUGCAAACCGUGCUCAAGAUGUUCGACACGAACCGCGACGGCGCCAUCUCCCUCGCAGAAUACCUCCAGAAGGACGCCGAGAACGUAAAGCUACCAGACUUCGGCAUGGGGCCAGGACACCACGGGGACGACGAAUACGAGUACGAGAUCCACCAUUGGGAGAAGUACCACAGUGGAGAUGAUGUCAAGGAGGAGGAUCUGAAUCACCCGGAGGAUAUCGCGCAUUUCAAACAUCACGAGGAGCUGGAAGCUAGGCAGGAAGAGUGGGAGAGGUUGGAGAAGACGGGCAUUGUAGAGAGGAACAUCCCGGCGAAGUACAGAAGGAAUUGA